GAGGGGCGGAGGAGGGGCUACUGGAAGGAAGACUGCAUGGCCAUGGCUGCAGCCACCCGCACCCGUGUCGCGCACUUGCUGAGGCAACUGCAGCGAGCAGCAUGCCAGUGCCCAACUCAUUCUCAUACUUACUCCCAAGCUCCUGGAUUUGCACCUUCUGGGAAAACAACAGAUUAUGCCUUUGAGAUGGCCGUUUCAAAUAUUAGAUAUGGAGCAGGAGUUACAAAGGAAGUGGGAAUGGACCUACAAAACAUGGGUGCUAAAAAUGUUUGUUUGAUGACAGACAAGAACCUCUCCCAGCUCCCUCCCGUACAAAUGGUUAUGGACUCCCUAGUAAAGAAUGGCAUAAAUUUUAAGGUUUAUGAUAAUGUGAGGGUGGAACCAACAGAUAGAAGCUUCAUGGAAGCAAUUGAAUUUGUCAAAAGCAGAGCUUUUGAUGCCUUCGUUGCUGUCGGUGGAGGCUCCACCAUGGACACCUGUAAAGCCGCUAAUCUGUAUGCAUCCAGCCCUCACUCUGAUUUCCUAGACUAUGUCAAUGCCCCCAUUGGGAAGGGAAAGCCUGUGUCUGUGCCUCUUAAGCCUCUGAUUGCAGUCCCAACUACCUCAGGAACUGGGAGUGAAACUACAGGAGUUGCCAUCUUUGACUAUGAACACUUGAAAGUAAAAACUGGCAUUGCUUCCCGAGCCAUCAAACCCACACUGGGACUGAUCGAUCCCCUGCACACCCUGCACAUGCCUGACCGGGUGGUUGCCAACAGUGGCUUCGAUGUGCUUUGCCAUGCCCUGGAGUCCUACACUGCCCUCCCCUACCACAUGCGGAGCCCUUGCCCUUCAAAUCCUAUCACCCGGCCAGCAUACCAGGGCAGCAACCCAGUCAGUGACAUCUGGGCCAUCCACGCACUACGGAUCGUCGCUAAGUAUCUGAAAAGGGCUGUCAGAAAUCCUGACGAUCUUGAAGCAAGGUCUAAUAUGCACUUGGCAAGUGCUUUUGCUGGCAUUGGCUUUGGAAAUGCUGGUGUUCAUCUCUGCCAUGGAAUGUCUUACCCAAUUUCAGGCUUAGUGAAGACAUAUAAAGCAAAGGAUUAUAAUGUGGAUCACCCACUGGUGCCUCAUGGCCUUUCUGUGGUACUCACCUCCCCAGCGGUAUUCACUUUCACAGCACAGAUGUCUCCUGAACGGCACCUGGAAACGGCAGAAAUAUUGGGAGCUGACACCCGCACUGCCAGGAUCCCAGAUGCUGGGCCUAUUUUGGCAGACACACUCCGGAAAUUCUUAUUCGAUCUGGAUGUUGAUGAUGGCCUAGCUGCCAUUGGUUACUCCAAGGCCGAUAUCCCUGCAUUAGUGAAAGGAACGCUGCCCCAGCACCUGCUGUGCCUGGGACAGUGGUUUCUGCACAGAGACCCUCCCCUGGCCGAGGCUGCUGUCCAAUGGAGUUUGGAAAGGGUCACCAAGCUCGCACCACGCCCUCAGUCAGAAGAGGAUCUGUCUGCUCUGUUUGAAGCUUCAAUGAAACUAUAUUAAUUUUCAUUCUCGCUGAUAGAAUUACCACUGGCCAUCACAGUCCUAACAACAGAAGCCAAGCUAGCCAGAACUGUCUUUUCAACUCCACAUAAAACAUACCUGUUACCAGUUUUGAAUGUAAUACAAACUUAUCCUGCAAAAGAUUCCCUGUGCUCAAAGUCAAGCUACUUCCAUAAAACGGUGGGAAAAUGACCACUAUGUCAGACCUUGGGCUAGACUUUAAGGAUCCAUGUUCCUGCCCCAAACCCCACAGAUUGCCACUGCUCUAUUUACCAAAUGGGCAAAAACUCAGUAUCAAAAACAUAAAUGUACAUAUCCUAUGCCCAGUAACCCCAGUCUAGAAAUUUAUCCUACAGAAAUACUAGCACAAGCAUGUUAAGAAGUAUGUCAAGGAUGUUUCUGGCAGCACAUUUCCUAAUAAAAAAUAUGAAAGAACCUAAAUAGUCACUAAUAGUAUAGAGAUAAAUCACAGUAUAUUAAGUAAUGGAAUGCUAUAGUGCUAUCAGUAAGAAUGAGAUAAAUCUAUUGGAAAUAUGCCUGUGAUAUACCACUAAACUGGAAAAAAGCAGAACAAUUAUAUCUUUACAUGGUCUGACUUUUACUUACUAAAUUAUAUAUAAAUAUAUGUCUAGAGAGACAGAAAAGGAGACAUGUCAAAAUAUUAAAAUUAUCACUGGAGAAAUGGAAUUUGGGGUAUAGAGAAUUGAGAAAAUAGUCACUUUGUGUUUUAUACUUCCUGUUUUUAUUUCAUCAACAUCUAUAUUGUUUGGCUUUGUUACAACAAGCACAUUUUCUGAUUUUAAAAGGGCCAAAGAAAUAAAGGGGCAGAACAGAAAAAUUCCACCUCAUUGUUUUAGGUCAGAUUCAUCUUAAUUUAUAAAAGUACUAGUAACUAAUAUUUAAGGAUUAAAACAGACUCAAAGAGG